GACUAUCGUCCAGUCCUUUGCCUGGAUCCAGCUGGUAGCCUGCCUGCCUGCCUGCCUUCUGUUGCAGUUGAGGUGAGAGCCAGCCAGUCAUCAUGGGAAACAUCUUCGGCAACCUGUUGAAGAGCCUGAUAGGGAAGAAGGAGAUGAGGAUUCUCAUGGUGGGGCUGGACGCUGCUGGGAAAACCACCAUCCUCUACAAGCUGAAGCUGGGGGAGAUUGUCACCACCAUCCCCACAAUUGGUUUCAAUGUAGAGACAGUGGAGUACAAGAAUAUCAGCUUCACUGUGUGGGACGUGGGCGGCCAGGACAAGAUUCGUCCCCUGUGGAGGCACUACUUCCAGAACACCCAGGGUUUGAUCUUUGUGGUGGACAGCAAUGACCGAGAGCGGGUGAACGAAGCUCGGGAGGAACUCAUGAGGAUGCUGGCUGAGGACGAGCUGCGGGAUGCUGUUCUUCUUGUUUUUGCCAACAAACAGGAUCUGCCAAACGCCAUGAAUGCUGCAGAAAUCACAGACAAGCUGGGCCUGCACUCCCUCCGCCACCGCAACUGGUACAUUCAGGCCACCUGUGCCACCAGCGGAGAUGGCCUCUAUGAGGGCCUGGACUGGCUGGCCAAUCAGCUGAAGAACAAAAAGUGA